AUUGAGGAAGACACCAGAUCAAAUUUAGAGCAACAUUUCAUCAUCAAACCCUUUAGUCUAAUACCGGUGAUCAUAGGAAGUUGGAAACCACAGUUGAAGUCACAAAUGUUGCAAGAGAAAGCUGCAAGUACAUCGUUAAAAAAGAACCAUUAACAUAAUCAAAAAAUGGCUGUUAAGAGUCAUAUUAUAAGUCUGCUGGGACUCAUCGUGAUCUGCUCACUUCUCACAGGUACAGCUGGAGAGACUCAUGUGUUCAGUAGUUCAGGUGAAAAUGUCACUCUGCACUGUAUUAAUGCUCUUUCUGACUGCACCUCAACUACAUGGCUGUACAGCAAACCUAGAUCAUCAGUUAUAGAACUGAUUCAUGGAGGAAUAAAGAAGAAUGACAUAGAGAGAGCUGAGAGACUGAGCCUGGGGUCUGACUGCUCUCUGAACAUCUAUAAAACAACAGAAGAUGAUCAUGGACAAUACAACUGCCAACAAUAUGUGAAUGGACAAAACCAUGGAACUAAUUCACAGGUUUUUCUACAUGUUCUUCAUGUUUCUCCAUCAUCCCCACAGACUGAGAUAAAACAAAGCAACUCUGUGACUCUCACGUGUCAGUUGUUUUCAUAUGAUAACACUUGUGAUCGAUUGGUCCGUUAUGAGGGAAUUCAGCUGUUCUGGGUGAAUCAGGCUGGUGUUAAUCUACAGACAGACUCCAGAUAUCAGAUAUCAGGAUCAGGACACUGUUUCAUCACUCUAACUACAAUACUCCUGAAUGAAGACAACAACACAGAGUGGAGAUGUUUGGUUAAAAAGAAGAAUAAGAUUAAAACCUCAACCAGCUAUACUGUUAAGUUUAGUGGUAAGAAAUCAAAAUAUUAG